AUGCAGUACUUUGUGCGCGAGAAGAGAAAAGAACAUAGACUCAGCUUACCUACAUUGGAAGAAUACGUCGUUUACACUCCUCGACUUGUUACGCCGAUCUACGGAGCAGAUGCUAGUUUGAUCGUGUCAUUACUUGAUAUUCACGCCGUUCCUCCCGCAGCAGCCAACAAAGACCGACUAGAGAUUCUCGAAGCAGGCACUGGCCACGGCUCUCUUACCCUCCACCUGGCACGAGCAAUUCAAGCCGCGAAUACGAACCCCCCACCUAUUCCGCAGAAAUCGCAGGUCCGCAUACUCGAGGAACGACCAAUCAGGCCGUUUGAAGAAGGUGGAGAACAGCAGCAUUCAAAGGAAGAGAUAACCGAUGCUCAGGAUGAUGUUGCCGUUCAAAAGGAUUGGGAUGAAUGGCGCUCUCAGCGAAGCGCAGUUAUCCACACUGUCGACGUGUCGCCCAAAUUCUCAAGGCAUGCAGAGCAGAUUGUCCGCGGCUUUCGACGAGGCAUAUAUGCUGGAAAUGUAGAUUUUCACGUUGGCGCGGUUGAGGAUUGGAUCAAGGACCAAUUACAGCGUCGCAGCAGUCCGGCAGGAUUGUUCAAGAGGGACAAUGCGACCCAGCCAUUUCUGUCGUACGCUAUACUCGACAUGCCAGCUGCGCAUAAACGAAUACCGCAUGUAGCUCCGGCUCUACGUCGAGAUGGAUUGCUCGUGGUGUUUAUGCCGAGUAUUACCCAGAUCGGCGAGUGCGUGCAGCUUAUCCGAAAGGAGAAACUGCCCUUCGUCAUGGAGAAGGUUGUCGAGCUCGGCACGGGCAUUAGUGGGGGUCGACUGUGGGAUGUUCGCAUGGCUGUCAAGAAGAGUCGUGCGGAUCCAUCGUCAUGGACGAAAGAGGGUCGCGAUGGGACUGAAGCACCACAGACGGGAACCGAAGAAACAGACUCUGCCGAACCGAGCAACACUUCCGGGGAAGAUAGUACCCAGGAUAAUGUGCUAGUGUGUAGACCCAAGGUUGGGUCUAAGAUUGUAGGGGGUGGAUUUGUGGGAAUUUGGCGAAGAAUUGAAGAUCGCCGAGAUAGAGAUUAG